AUGGCCGCCUUGGUCGCUGGCGAUGGCGUCAGCAGCCUGCCGUUGUUCGAGGGUGAAGUGUUCCUGGGAGACGUUGAUGUUUUUCUCCCACCAGGAAGCCUAUCAUCUGGCAUGGAGAGCCAACACCCGGUGUUCCCUGGCAGAAAAAUCCAGAUCAGCCACCGGUCGCCGGCGAGCGAUAGGUGCCCGCCGUUAUCUGUGCUGCAGGUGAUCAGCGCUUACUCGACUGCUGUGGUGGAGGCCGGAGCAGAGGAGCUACACCUUGUGGCUAUGGAAAGCAAGCUGAAGGGUGUGCCUUGCUUCUGGUGUUGGUCCGCACAGACCGGGCUUUAUGAGGCAUGCCUUGAGAUGCUCAAUCAGCGAUGCCUUGCCCUUGUGUUUGAUCUGGAUGAAACCCUUGUCUUAACUAAUAACAAAGAAACAUUUGAAAAUCGCAUGGAAAAGAUUACUUCAGACUUGAAGAAUUCUGAACUUGACGCUACUACAGAAGUGGCUCUCUGUAAUGAACUCUAUAAGGUUUGUGAAGAUAUUGAAUUGCUCAAGGAUUUCACAAAAACAGGUACUAUCACUCUCAAUCAUGAGAUUGUGAGGAGCCAACACGAGGAGGGCAUGCUGCAUAAACCUGGUGGAGUGCAACAGCUUAUUGUUCGGCCUGUAAUCAGGAUCCCGGGAAGGAAUGCAGUUCUGACCCGCAUCAAACCAAUGGUUCCAGAGCAUAGUUGUUUUAUAAACAUAAGGCCUGGUUGGGAUGAUUUGAAGAGUUAUCUUACUACUACGACUGGACGCAGAAGAUAUAAGGUCUACGUAUGUACAAUGGCUGGAAGAGACUAUGCUCUUGAGGCUUGGAGACUGCUCGAUCCAGAAGGCUCUUUGAUAGGUUCGGAGGAGAUUUCACAACGUUUAAUAUGUGUGAAGCCAGAUUCCCAAAAGUCGCUUGAGCGUGUGUUUCAAGAGAGUUUAUGCCAUCCAAAUAUGGCAAUGGUGAUUGAUGACCGGAUGGAUGUUUGGGAUGAGAGAGAUAAGCGGAGAGUUCAUAUUUUGCCGCCUUACAAUCCAUCAUUUGCCCCUGAAGACAAGGGGUCGCGUGAUCUUAGUGUGCUUCAGAUUGUAAAAACUGUUACAUCGAAUGUCCGUGGAGGAUUCUUCAGCUACUUUGAUGAUAAUCUACGGAAAAUAGUAAAUGAACUAAUGUAUGAAAAUAGUGUACUGGAUCUUCCAGACUCUCCAGAUGUUGGUGACUACUUACAACGGAAGAGCAUGGAAAAAAAAUUAUGGAUCAGCAAAUAG